GAUGGGAUACAGGGGAUGGAAUCGCCGGGCACUUCCUUCCGUCUCGCGAUCUUUCCUCCUUCUCCUCCCCUCCUCCUCCUCCUCUCAUCCCUGUCACCUCAACUACCUUUUAUGGCUGCUCUCCGUACCCUCCUGCGGGCGCUCCGUGCCCCCCAGCACACCCCGUUGGGGACACCACACACCGCUAGGGCUGCCCAAUUGCACCCCGGGCCUCUGCCCCCGGCCAAAGGUUCCUUCCUUCUGCUGGCGUCCGGGGCUGCGGGGGCAGCGGCUGCUCUGGCUUGUUACGUCGUCUACAGGGAUUAUACCAGUGAGCACCGGGGAAAGCGGCCUCGUCGCCUCACAUUGUCACCGGAUAACGGGAAGCGAAUGGGAGCGAGUAUCCUGCCGCCUGUCAGCGCUGCGAGCACGGCAAUAAGACCAGAGCUAGAGGAUCUAGACAUGUAUGCAUCAUCCAGAGAGCAGCGCUUUCGGACUUUCGCAUCAUUAGAAUUCGAAGGCCAGCUGUACAUGUCUCCAAGAGACUUUUUAGCGUCAGUCACAACAGAUGAACCUAGAAGUGCAAAACAUUGGAAGUCAAUUUCAAGACAAGAACAGAACCAGAUGCUGCUGGACACACCACCUGUUUGGAAAGGCACAUCACGAUUUUUUCGAACUCUUGGUGAUAAAGGCAUGAUAUCCUACACAGAAUAUUUAUUCCUGCUCUGCAUCCUGACGAAACCUCAUGCUGGAUUUAAAAUAGCAUUCAACAUGUUUGACACCGAUGGGAAUCAAAUGGUGGACAGAGAGGAAUUUUUGGUGUUGCAAGAAAUCUUCAGAAAGAAGAAUGAAAAGAAGGAAAGGAAAGGAGAAGAGGAAAAAUGUGCACAACUGCGUCUUCAACUUUAUGGAUACCUUGCAACAACUAACGGUGUACUUAAAUCAGAUCUACAAGAGCAUGUUUCCAGAAGCUAUUGGGAUACACUGAGGCGUAGUACAAGCCAAGCCCUCUUUUCGGACCUUGCAGAGGGCACAGAUGAGCUUGCCAGUUCCAUGAUUCACACCACCCUCCUUGUGCACUUUUUUGGCAAGAAAGGGAAGGCUGAACUCAACUUUGAAGACUUCUAUAAGUUUAUGGAUAACCUGCAAACCGAGGUGCUUGAAAUUGAGUUCUUGACAUACUCCAAAGGCAUGAGCACCAUUAGUGAAGAAGACUUUGCACACAUCUUGUUACGAUACACUAAUGUAGAAAACACCUCAAGCUACUUGGAAAGUGUGCGCCUUCGUAUUCCAGAAGAAAAGGGAAUCUCAUUUGACGAAUUUAGAUCCUUCUUCCAGUUUCUGAACAACCUGGAAGAUUUUGCAAUUGCCAUGCAGAUGUACAACUUUGCAAACCGAUCCAUUGGCCAAGAUGAGUUCAAGCGUGCUGUGUAUGUAGCAACAGGUCUGAAGCUGUCUCCACAUUUGGUGAACACAGUCUUCAAGAUCUUUGAUGUCGACAAAGAUGAUCAAUUGAGCUAUAAAGAAUUUAUUGGCAUUAUGAAAGACCGUCUACACCGAGGAUUCAGGGAGCCCCCAAAACAUGGUCUGAAGGACUACUAUGUGUGUGUGACAUCAGUCACCAGGAAACACCUCCGAGAGUUCUUCAGGAAUUUCCGAAGCAGAGAUACGAUAAGAUGAAAAAUGCAGCCGUUCUAUCCCCAUUCUUUCAGCUGUCAGAGAAGGCAUGUCAGCAGACAAUGUAGCGACUGUAUGGUUUCAUUUGUACCCAUUUAUUUAUCACUGGUCUCACCUAUUUUUUUUUUAGUGAUGCACAUUUUUAGAAUUCAUUUACGUACAGAAGUUGGCUUACUAUUCUUAAUUAAACUGUAUCAAUUGUAGGCAUAUUUAUACACCAGAAGAAUAAGUUCACUAGUAUAUAUAUUUAUUUUUGUUAUAUCUCAUAUUGCACCAAUGUUUGGCUUAAUGUGAAGUCUAAAAUUUCACACUUGUUUCUUGCACUUUUCAAAUAAUGAAAUUCUUACUUAUGAUCCCCCUAAAUGUGAAUGUGCACACAGAACCCAAAGGUUUAGCCCAUUUCUGUUGUAGUUUUGGAGUGGAACUGCAUUGUGCCUUAUAAUGCUGCUGCCGUCUGAAUCCUGUUGUGCCUUGAUGCCUCUGAGUGUCGUUCUAUUGCAUGCCCAAGGCCUUAAAGGAACAGUAACACCAAACAAUUUCAGCAUUUUAAAAUAAUUUAGAUAUAGGGGCCGAUGCAUCAAG